UGGAGCAGGUUCAAGCUUAAGGAUGUGUUGCCAUGGUGAUUUUGCCAAACUUGCUUUGUGGAACCGAAAAGCCUCACUUAUGUAAUCUUAUCCUGAAGAUUAUCCGGCUAACUCAGUUAGCCACGUACAAGGAACGGGGCCCAGUUGUGAAUGUGAUCGUUAUCUUUCAGGUGAUGGAAACGUCUCCGACCAUCGGAUUCAACGUAGGAACUCUGGACCUCGACAAGAAGACGUCUCUGACUGUUUGGGACGUCGGAGGACAGAAGAGCAUGAGAGCCAACUGGAGGUACUACCUCGAUGACUGUAAGGCUCUGGUCUUCGUGGUGGACAGCAGUAAUCCAGCUCGACUUCCGGAGGCCCAGAAGGUCCUGAAGAAGGUUCUGAAUGAGGAGAAGCUUCGAGGAGUUCCUCUGAUGGUUCUGGCCAACAAGAAGGACCUGGCAGACUCCAUGACCAUCAGGGAGAUCUCCAACCAGCUGGAUCUUCCCAGUCAUGAGGAUCGUUUGUGGGAGAUACAGGCAUGCAGCGCUCUGAAGGGACUCGGCCUCCAGCAGGCUUUCAUGUCAGUCAGCAAACUCAUCAAGAAGACAUGAGGGGGGGGGGGGCAAUUAAAAUUCACAAUAUUUAUUAUUUAUAUUGAUUAAAAGUUUAAAAAAAAAGUGUAGAUGAAAUAAUAAAAAUAUAAAGAUGAUUGAUGAUGAUGGUUUGUUUGAUAAUCAAACUUUAAGGUUUGAAGGAUCAUUAACUC